AUGGCAUCUUCUCUCUCAUCAUUUGAGGCCAGGACGACGGUGCCUCCGUCUCGAAUUGGGACGUUCCUCAAUGACGUGCUUGCAAACUUCCACCCCAUCUACUUUGUCAUCAAUAUGGGACUGGGUAUCACAAGCUUGGUGAUGUACAACUUUCCGAUCGAGGUAAUCCGUGUGGGGAUGAGAUACGUGGGAAUCUUGUACUUUUUUAUUGACCUCGUUGCGUUUAUCAUCAUCCACGCGCUUUUUUUCCUGCGCUACUUUGUGCUAUUCAACCGCUACGACCGUGUCUCAUUUUGGGGGCUGCUCAAAGACCACCGGCUCAGCGUAUUCCUUGGAGCAGAGGUCAUGGGUUUCGGCUCGUUGAUCAACAUGAUCCACUAUUUGAGACCCGAAUGGACGCUUUUCACGUACACGCUCUGGUGGAUACAGGUAGCUCUCAGUCUGUUGUGUGCCUGGGGAGUCACGUUUUUAAUGAUGGCCGUGAACAACCUCGAUGCGAGCGAUCUCAACGCCACCAUUCUUCUUCCCGCUGUCACCCUGACAGUUGCUUCUUCCACGGGCUCUAUUGUGAGCGGCAAACUCGACUCUGCCAGCUGGAAGCUUUCUUCCGAGAUCAUCACAUUCAUGCUCCUAAGCAACGCUCUUCUGCUCGCUUUCCCGCUCCUAUCUGUCUAUUUUUACAAACUACUCACAUCAGGCUUGCCCUCCAAACCUAGCAUCUACUCGUGUUUCAUCCCUAUCGGCAUCCUGGGACAGGGUGCAUUCGCCAUACUGCUCAAUUUCCAACAAUUGGCCGAUCUUCUCCAAACCGAGCCAGCACUCAUCAAGGCCACAGCCCUGCUCAGCCAAGAGUCUCUGCAAGUAGUGGCCGCACUGCUUCAGCUUGGAUCCGUCUACGUGGCCAUGUCUCUCGUCUCAAUGGGCAUCUGCGUGACCGCGAUAGGCAUUUUUGGGGUUCUCAAAUACGGCCUCAUACACAAGUGGUCAAAGACGCUUUGGGCAUCGACGUUCCCGCUGGGGACCAUGGCCGUUUCCCAGUCAGAGCUGUACACACCAUUUACUCAUUUGCUUUGAUUGCAGUCACAACAUGCUGUCUGGUGAAUACCUGCAUCUUCGAAAUACCUAUUCGAAAGCAUGAGGUCUGAUCACUCCUCGAAGCGUGAAAGUCCGGAAGCCCUGACAGGCUCUGGACUGUCAAAAAUGUAUUCAUAAUACUCCUCCUCUUCACCAUCGGCAUUAUGCCGGAACCGCUUCUCCAUGCGCGGGAGCCGCGCCUCUGCGGCAGCCACCUGUGCAUCUGUACCAUAUUUGCGCUCAAACAAUAUUAAUGCAUCUAUUAUCUGCUUCUUCUUUGCACCCUCUGUAGUGUCGAUGGUUCUGUUGAAAACGUCGCGACAACGGUCCUUGGCCUCCGGCGUGACCUCGAACUGGAACUCGUCGUCUCCUGUUUCUUUUAGGCGGCGCACAAACUCGUCAACUUGUUGCUGCGUCGGGACUUUCAGCUCCAUCAUGCACCGUUGUACCAGACUUCUCGCGUCGCCUUCGGUAAGCUGUAUUAUGCGGUCCCUGAUCUUUCGAGCAUUGUCAUAGUUGCGCUCCUCCAUCUCGUACUCGUAAUAUGCUUCCAGAACUUUCUUCUUCUCGUUCAAGGAUAAACUGUCCUCGUCGGACGCCAACUGGUAAAUUGCAACACAGCGCGCCCUGUCCCCCAAAUCUGCCUCCAACGAAGCAAAGUCAAUCCAGUUCGAACCAUCGCGGGGAUGCAGUUCUACCAGUUUCGUGUAUACCAUCCGCACCCGGUCAAAUUCGCGAAGCUGUGUCUCCAGCUCGAUGUAGAACCUCAUAACUUUCAUAUCACCGCACAAUCCAAUACACCGUCCUAGCACCUUCCGCGCAGCAGCCAGCUGGCCCUGCCGAAGCUCGAACUCUGCAUACAUCACCCAUAUGCGCGAAAAAGUGAAACUCUUGUGAGGAAUGAGCGAGAUCAGUUUCCGGUAUAGCUCUCUGGUUUUUUCAACGUCUCUUUUUUCGCUCCAUAUUAAGUACUUCAUCCAGAGAUAAAUAUAGCUGAGCCACCCGCUUUUCAACGCACUCGAUGGAAUCGUACCUGUUGCCUCCUCUAGUUUGCGCUCGUAUUGUUUUUCGUCAAAAAUUGGCUCCACAAGCUUCAAAUACACCCACCAUGUAUCGUAGUCGUGCGGUUUGCUUGCAAGCUCCUGCUCGUAAACAGCCAUCCGCUUGCUCACCACUGACGUCUCGAUCGACUCUUUCUGGCCAUG